CCAGGUGCUAUUAAAUGUAUAGCUAAUGAGGGUAUGCCUCAUUAUAAGAGACCAUUCGAUAAGGGCAAUUUAUAUGUAAAAUUCAAUGUGGAAUUUCCACCUUCCUUAUGGAUCAAUCCAGAACAAUUAAAGAAACUGGAAGAAUUUUUGCCAACUCGCACAGAAGAAGAUCCAUCAACGCGCCCAGAGAUUUCGGAUGAAGUGCACUUAACGGAUGGAGACUUCACUGAG